ACUACACAUGGAGCAUGUUCACACCACCGAGCCCGUCGACGACGGCCUACCGUGCAAGUAUCGGGGUGUUCGUAAGCGAAAAUGGGGCAAAUGGGUGUCAGAAAUCCGAGAGCCCGGUAAGAAGACCAGGAUUUGGUUAGGGAGCUUCCAGACACCUGAGAUGGCGGCCACCGCUUAUGAUGUCGCUGCUUUGCAAUUGAGGGGAAAUGAGGCGCGGCUCAAUUUCCCCGGGCUCGUAGGUCAGCUUCCAAGGCCCUCAAGUUCAGACCCGGAUGAUAUUAGAUCGGCCGUUGCGGAAGCGGUCUCGCGGUUCAGGGAGUCGGCCUGGAUGGCUAGUGUGGGUGGUGUUAAUGUAGGUAAUGCUAAUGUAGGUAGCUCGAGUGCUCAUCCGACGGGUGCGACCGGGUUCGUGGCGAGUCACAUUGAUGAGUCGCCAUUGGACUCACCUAAGAUGUGGAUGGAAUUGGCUGAAGCUUUGUUACUGAGCCCACCUCAGUUUGGGUCUGGUGAAGCUAGUGACUCAGAUGAAAUGCAGCAAGAAUCCCUGUGGGAUUUAUAACUAACCUAUAUUCUUAUUAGGAUAUUUGCUAAUUCCAUACGUGUGUGAUGCAGGUUUACACGUGCUUGGCACACGAGCUUUCACUUCUCAGGUGGGCUACAAUAUUCGAUGUAAAUUGACUUGCAAAACAAUUUUCACUGUCCAUCCAUUCAUCUUUUAUUCUGUGGCCCACUUAAGGUUUGAAAUAGCCUUAAUUUCUAGGCUAGAAGAUUUAAGCAGUGUGGCCCACCUUAUGAGAAUGUCUAUUCUUGCACACGUGCUUGCACGUGGGUAAGUACGGCUAUCACAUACGUGCAGAAUUAGCAAACUAGCUCCGUGUGAUAUAUUCUCUGAUGAAAUUUUAAAAAUAACUCUGCAUUUGUGAGAUGUAAGAUUUAAGUCGUUGAACUUUUACCAAGCAACUAUAGAAGUGGGCUCCAAAUGGUGUGGACAUGGCAACAAUGGCGGAGAUGAUGAUACUUAUAUGUAUGUGGGUGUGUUUUGACUUAGGUAUUGGAUUGACAAAAAAUGAGAUUUUAUUUUAGUUAAUACAAGAAAGAUUGGAUUUGUUGUAUUUGAGAAGGUAGAUUUUAUUUUAGCUAAUAGAAGAAGGAUUGGAUUUUUGUUGUAUUUGAGUAUGAAGAGCACU